AUGGCAGUAGACUCGAAAGAGACCCCAGGAGAAGAAUCUGACAAAAAGAAGAAAAAGAAGAAAGGGAGGAAGAGUGACGAGAGUGUGGAAGGGACCAUCGAGGAGAACGGAAUGGCUGUUGACUCGGAAGACGCAGUGCCGGAGCCAGAGAAGAGAAAGCAAAAGAAGAAAGAGCACUCCGAGGAGGGGGGACCUAUGUCGGUUGAGGCAGAAUCAUCCACUCCCUCAGGAGAAGCGGAGAAGAAAAAGAAAAAGAAGAAAAGGAAACGCGAAGAGGAGGAAGGCGUAAAACCCACAACCGAGGAAGUCACUUCCGAAUCGAAGAAAGAAAGGAAAGAGAAGAAAAAGCGAAGAAAAAAGGACCAGUCCUCAACAUCUCCGCCGGACUCUGUCCCACCCACAUCUGCAGAAUCGUCUUCCGCCCCUUCAAAAGCACCAUCGCCCAAGCCCACUGCAUCCUCUUUCGGCGUGUCGUCUCCUGCCUCAGCUGAAGAUGCCGCUGCUUUCCUCAAGAAACACUCUGUAACGAUACAUACCCCUCCUAAUGCUCCACAAGUUACCCCAGUCAUCAAGUUCUCUCAGCUCGACGUCCCAUCGGAAAUUCGGGAUGCAUUUGCUGGCUUCAAAGAACCAACACCCAUCCAGGCAUGCACCUGGCCCCCUGCACUGGAGGGCUGUGAUGUAGUUGGAAUCGCAGAAACUGGCAGCGGAAAGACUCUCGCCUUUGGCAUCCCAGCACUUUGCCGUCUCAUGAAAUCACCUACGAAAACAUCCUCGAACUCGGGUAAAUCAACAGUAUCUACCUUGGUCGUAGCCCCAACGCGAGAAUUGGCGAUACAAACUCAUGAAACACUGUGUGCGCUAGGCAAGCCAUUCGGGACAGCUAGCGUGGCCGUAUUUGGUGGCGUUCCUAAGGAGCCUCAAGUGAAGAUGCUUAAAAACGCGAACAAGGCCAAAGAUGGACUCACGACGCGCAUAAUUGUUGGUACCCCUGGUCGGAUAUUGGACCUCAUGCAGGAGGGGGCCUGUGACCUCAGUGGGGUGGACUACCUCGUUCUGGACGAGGCAGACCGUAUGCUGGAUAAGGGGUUCGAGAAUGAUAUCCGUAAUAUCAUUUCCAGCACCAAGCCUUCCGAGGAGCGGCAGACGAUGAUGUUCAGCGCUACCUGGCCUGAAUCUGUCAGACGACUAGCAAGUACAUUUCAGCGCGAUCCGGUACGAGUUACUGUCGGCAGCGACGACUUGACAGCAAACAGCCGAGUAGCGCAGAGUGUGGAGGUAUUUGACGACGCCCGGUCGAAAGAUCAACGCCUCCUGAACGUGCUCAAAACCUUGGCGCACAAGAAAACCACUAAAACAGGGGAUUCGGAAGCGCGGAUUCUCGUAUUUGCCCUGUACAAAAAGGAGGCGUCACGGGUAGAGCAAAUGUUACACAGACAGGGAUACACCGUCGGGGCACUACACGGGGACAUGUCACAGAACGCGCGAAUGGAGACGCUGGAAAACUUCAAGAAUGGAAAAACGGGUCUUAUGGUGGCGACAGAUGUGGCGGCGCGGGGGUUGGAUAUCCCGAACGUUGGGGCGGUCAUCAAUUAUACAUUCCCGCUGACGAUAGAGGACUAUAUUCACCGCAUCGGCAGGACAGGCCGGGGAGGAAGGAGCGGCAAGUCGAUUACGUUCUUCACGGGCGACGCGCACGAACGGUCUUUGGCUGGCGAGUUUGCGCGUGUCCUGCGCGAGGGUGGCUUCGACAACGAGGCUCUGAAGAAGUUCCCGAUGACGAUUAAGAAGAAGGAGCAUGGCGCGUACGGUGCAUUCUUCCGGGACGAUAUCCCAGUGCCCAAGGGGCCUACGAAGAUCGUGUUUUAA